AAGAAGAGCGUUCAACUCAUUUGUGUCAUGAGUUGCAAAAAGUUGGUCUAAAAGUGAAGAUUAAGUAAAGCAAACUGAUGCGCGUAAGAAGGGAUGCCAGCCAGGCGUGGCUUGAAUCUGAGUGUCCAAUGUGAGAAUGCGUGGGGAGUAUGUAUAUAUUAGAGUCUUUCCAUUUGAUAAACACAGAUAUCAAACUCAUGAUUAAAGCAAAGGACUAUCAAUAAACUGAGAGGACUUUCCUGACUUUGGAGGAGCACGGCGCGCCGGGGACGCUCUUUUUUUCCUGCGUACAUGGACCGGACUUGUGUGUAAACUUUUCUCCCUCCGCAAGUCGCUGCACAUACGUCUCAAAUGCCUUCGCUUAAUGUGACAGCUGUGCAAACGAUGGCAGAGGUCGGGAGUUUUCUGGGGACGCUCGACUUGGAUUUACAGAGCUUCCCUGCGCUGGCAAGCGCGCCCUUGUCGGAGUCUCCGGCGGGGCUGAGCGAGCGGCUGGGGCAGAUCGAAGGCAGGCUGCAGCAGGGGUCGCCCACAGACUUCGGCCACCUUAAGGGGAUCCUGAGGCGGCGUCAACUCUACUGCAGGACAGGCUUUCAGCUGGAGAUAUUCCCCAACGGCACCGUGCAUGGGACACGACAGGACCACAGCAGAUUUGGUAUCCUGGAGUUCAUCAGCCUGGCAGUGGGGCUGGUCAGCAUCAGAGGGGUGGAUGCUGGACUCUACCUGGGCAUGAAUGAGAAAGGAGAGCUCUAUGGAUCGAGUAAGCUUACAGCAGAGUGCGUGUUCAGGGAGCAUUUUGAGGAGAACUGGUACAACACCUACGCUUCAACGCUGUACAAGCACACGGACACGGGACGCUUCUACUACGUGGCGUUAAACAAGGACGGAUCGCCCAGGGAGGGUGGCAGGACUAAGAAACACCAGAAACUCACCCACUUCUUGCCACGGUCGGUAGAUGGGGAAAUGCCUCAGGCGUACAGAGAUCUGCUCCAGGACAGGUGACCAACGCUCACACUGGGAGAACUGGUUACAUCUGGAGCCCCAGAGAUAAACAAAGUCGAAGAGGCGGAAGACUAGAGAGUGGGGGUGUUGUGGAUAUUCUGGAUCUUGUGGAGAACUGUUUACCCCUGAGCUCUCACGGAGGUCACAUGUGACCAGGACAUAAACAUUCAGCUCGAUCCUGGAUGUCUUUCGUCUGCCUCGGCUUUGGACUUCAGCGAAGAGGAGACUGCUUCCUCUGUGGAGGACUGAGCAGCUGGGGGUGAAUCAGGAAAACCAAACCAAGAUGCCAGGGUUUUUUUUUUUUUUUCCUUGCAUAGACACUUGAGUGACAUGCAACAGCACAUGGAGUGGGGGCUUCUUGUGUGUAAAAGCACAAACCUGAAAAACUAAAUCUGGUGGCUAGAAAAGCUCCAGGAAGUUCCCUUUUUAGGAGUGCUACAGACAUUUCUGGUAUGACAUGCAAGAAGGGUUUGGCUUGCUAAGUUUGGUAUAAUCAGGUACUUCACAAUCUGUACGCAGAUUAAAAACUACCACAAGGCGAACGUCUCAGAUGGAAAAAGAGGGCAACAUCUUUGCAAUGACUGUAGGACUGAUGAAGCACUUACCUAAACAUCCAAAGUCCCAGCUGUGGGUUUGGUUUGAACCUAAACAUCACAUUCAUCACAUUUAAAUGAAAGCGUAAAUUCAGUAGGCUCGGGACGUAAGCACUUCACCGACUGCGGUUUAAAGGAAUAACAGAUACGUUUGGUUAAAUAGUGGCGACUUGUAAUGUUCAGAGUGCGGCGAACAUUAUUAAAGGAAAAAAAAACAUGCAAGCGUCUUGAGGUGUACAUAUGGGUGUUCCUAUUUAUGAGAUGUACAAUAUAUUUAUUUUCUACAUAUAAAGUAUAAAUGUAAAUCUAUAUAUUUAUUUAUUGCAAAGAGUUUAUUUUGUAAUGAACGUGAAGAUAUUUGGACUGCAGAUUCUACUGAAAUGAGGCAAAAAAAAAAGGAGUGAAGAACUGCAACAGACAUGACAAUAAAAUUGUCCUGCUAUCGAGAA